UUCAGCAGUGUGUGUAGUGAGUGGUAUUGUGAAAAAGUAGAGAAUUUUAAAUUUUUGCAAUAUUUCCAAGUGCAAAUAUUAUGUUUUAGAAAUUUUAACUAUUACAAGUUAAGCACGUUUAUAUUUUAUUUGAUAUUAUUUUAAAAUACCUUAAUUAGAGGUGUUUUGUUUAGAAAAUUUUAAUGAAGCCAACUUCAAAAUCACGAAAAACUGCUGCUGCAUCAUCUGCUGUCGCUAACACUACAAGUUCUGCUGUUGUCGCUGCCGCUGCCUCUGCUACAUCAUCAAGUGGUGAUUGUGAAACUGUUUCCAGGAGAUAUCAAGCUCAAGUUUUAGGUAUUACUAUAUUUGGUGUCGUUAGCUUUGUAGUUUUCAUCAAAUACGUUGUAACAAAAUAUUUUGCUGAAUUGGAAGCCAGCCAGCUGCAUCAGCAUUCGGAGUUUUAACGCAAUUUCAUAAGACGACGAACAUUUUCUUUGCUGCUUAUAAAAACCGGAAAUGGCCAGUCCAAGGACAAGGCGUGUGCUACAAGAGCUCAAGCCAAAAGAUGAAAACUCGAAAUGUUUUGAAUGUGGCACCCACAAUCCGCAAUGGGUAUCAGUUACAUAUGGCAUAUGGAUAUGCUUAGAAUGUUCGGGCAAACAUAGAGGACUGGGUGUCCAUCUCUCAUUCGUACGUUCCGUAACUAUGGACAAGUGGAAAGACAUUGAAUUGGAAAAAAUGAAAGUCGGCGGUAAUCGUAAUGCUCGAGAAUUUCUUGAAGACCAAGAUGAUUGGAACGAUCGUGCCCCCAUCAAUCAAAAGUACAACUCAAAAGCUGCUGCUUUAUAUCGCGAUAAGAUAGCAACUUUGGCCCAGGGUAAAUCAUGGGAUAUAAAUGAAGCAAAAACUCGUCUAGGUUCGUCGGCCUCAAUAACAACAGCAUCAUAUGGAAGUUCAAGUGGUGGUUCUGCUGCAUCUAACAACAACUCAUCAAUGGCACAUUCCAGGAACAGUGGCAACUAUCAACAGGCUUCUGGCGGUGGCUAUCAAAAUGGUGGUGGUGGUAAUGCUGGUUAUAAUAAUGAUGGCGGAUACCAACAAUUUAAUACACAAGAAUUCAAAGAUCAGAAAGAGGAGUUCUUCACACGCAUUCAAUCGGAAAAUGCCUCAAGACCAGCUCAUUUGCCGCCUAGCCAAGGGGGUAAAUACACUGGCUUUGGCUAUUCUCGCGAUCCACCGCCAAAAACCCAAUCUCAAGAAAUUCUUGAUACGACUUUGUCUUCUCUAGCAUCGGGAUGGAGUUUACUCUCAGCUGGAGCAUCUAAAUUUGCGGUUAUUGCUAAAGAAAAAGCAGUCAAUACUGCUAAUAUAGCUUCAACAAAGAUUAAUGAAGGUGGUUUAAUAGAAACCUUACAACAUUCAGUCACUGAUGUGGCAACAAAGGUAACUGACAUUGGUAAACGUGGUUGGAAUAAUUUGGCCGGUAGUAACUUUACAUCACCUGGAGAACAAGGUGGUGGAGGUUAUGGUGAUUUCAAUCAAGAUAGUUCAUACCAACGUUCACAUUCUGUAACUGGAAAUAUUACUUCUGGCAUGGGCAACCAAUCUAAUGCCAAUGACAACGAUUGGGGAUGGCAAGAUAGUCCUCAAAAACAAAUGGCCACAUCUAAGUCGUACCACAAUCAGUUUAGCAACAAUUCCAACAGCGGUGCUGGUAACCGCAAUGCUGCAACAUCAUCAUCUUUAAUAAACAACGAUGAUGACGAUUGGUCUGGUUUUGAUAGUUACCAAGACUCUACAACAUCGUAUCAAAAUUCAACACCAUUAACUUCAACAACAACUGCUGCAGCAACAACAAAUAAAAAUUUGAAACUGGCCUCUACUACCCAAAAACUAAGUGAAGGCUUCGAUAGCUUAGAUGUGAAAAGUGCUAAAGUGAAACCUGUAGCCAAUAAAACAGCCGAGGAGGAUGCUUGGAAUUUACUUAUGAAUUGAAUCAAUUGAAGAUGAUUUAUUACUUUUUGUAUUGAUUUAAAGUUUAAAUACCACGUAUAUAUGUAUGUAUUUAUGUAUAUGGAUUUUCGUUUAUGUCUAUAUAAUCAAUCCCCUUAUGUUUAUGAGUUUUAUUAUAUUUUUCGUUUAUUUUCUUUUGUUUAUUAUUGUACUAUUUACUUUAUAUUACUUACUUUUCUUUUAAACUUUACUAGCAAAUUUGUAAAAAAAAAACAAAGAAACAAAACAGAUAUUGAUUGAUUUAAUAAUUAUGUGUGAAAUUCAAUUAUAUAAACGAAUGUAUGUAAUGAUGAUUAUAAAACAUGAAACAAUUAAAACAAUAUUUGCUAUACA